AUGUCACAGUGUUAUCGAGUGGGACAAUUUAUCAUUGGAAAAAAACUUGGAGAGGGGAUGUGUGGAAAGGUAUAUCUUGCAUUUCAUGAAAAGACAGGAGUUAAAGUAGCUAUUAAAAUAGUAGAUAAAACAAAAUUAAUGAGAAAGCCAGAAAUGAAAAGGAAAAUUUAUGAAUUAAGAAGAAAUUAA